AUGCCACUGGAUGCCAGCUGUGAGUUGAGCUUGCUACAGGUGCUGCGCGCGUUCGGCGUCCGUCGAGGAGCUACCUGUCUGUUUGCUGACUGACAUCUGGCGGCGCUCCACACUCGCUUGAGCAGUGUUUGUCCUCUCGCUCGUACCGCGCCUCGACAAGGUCGGAUGCGUUGACAUCAAGGAGGAUGGAUCGACGGAUACUCACUAUGUUGCUCAGAAGGUAUCGUUGCAUCUUCCUUUCCUUUCCGUUUUGUGCAGGUUCCUCCGCUGACUCUGGCUCACUCCGGCACUUCCGCGCAUUGCCUCAUUUCAACCUCGUCGGCCUGUCCUUUUCUGCUUGGCGUUUUCACCAUUUUGCUCAACGCACCGCUCCGAAAACGUUGUGCAAUCCCCAGGAUGUCGAAACAGGAACGAUCUCCCUCAUUGACCCCUGGACCGACACCAAAUGGGCAUCCUUAACAACGACCGUUCCGAACAAGCUCAAACUUGUCGAGUUCUUCAAUCCCGAGCAUUCCGAAGAGUUUAAGAACACGGGCAAGCUGGGGUGGCAAUGGAGUUGGGAAUGGGAACAAGUCAGAUAUGCUUGGGAUCGAUCUGGUUCGUUUUCGGGGGACAAGAGUUAUACGUUGGAAGUGGUGGGUCGUGGCUCUGCUGUCUGCGCUCGACAAAGAGAUUUCAGCUGCCCGUCGGAGGCUGAUGACGAUGGUUUUGACGUCUUCUUUGCACAGCUAAGGAAACCGGACCCAAAUUUUCCUAUUUGCCUGUAUACUCCGGCAAGCAAGAAGAAAGCGGCGCAAUGUCAGAUCUUGGAUUACAACUUGGCCGUGAGUAGUGCCCGCCAACGGUGGUCUGAAUGA